GUACGUGGACCAGGUCUGCCGCGCCUGCGCAGAACAGGUGGUGAGGAGUAAGCUCCGUUAACAGACAUGUUUGGGUUCAUCCUGCGGACGAGCAAACCUGUGACCUGCAGCCGGCUGAGCAGCCUGAGGAAACCUCCGCCCCACAGACACCUCUGCUCUAAAAUGUCGUCAGAUUCCCAUUGGCUCAGCCCCGCAGACCGGGAUCAGCUGGUGAUGGAGCUCAGGGCGACGGGCUGGAUGGAGGUGGAGGAUCGUGAUGCCAUCUUCAAGGAGCUGCACUUUAAAACUUUUAAUCAGGCGUUUGGCUUCAUGUCACGAGUGGCCCUGCAGGCAGAGAAGAUGAACCAUCACCCAGAGUGGUUCAAUGUUUAUAAUAAGGUCCAGAUUACACUGAGCACACAUGACUGUGGAGGGCUUUCUAAACGGGACAUCAAAAUGGCAAAAUUUAUCGACAAAAUAGCGCUUUCAAUGUAAUUUUUUCAGACUUUAUCCUGAAGUGUAAUUUAACUAAUUUUUUUCCCAGUUCUGUUAAAGUUAUUCACGAUUACCACAACUUUCUUGUUUUUCCAUCAAUAAAAUCUGUGAAGAAGGACUAAGAUGGGGCAUAUUCUUCACAA